UGCUCAUAUAGGAAGGAUUAUGAAUCGGAAAUAGACGGUUGCAUCAAUCGCCACCGUAGUUUUUCUUCAGUGAAAAGUUGACAGACCUUCUCUGAAUUAGAUCCAUAAACUGUCAUCCUGGUAGCAUAGUCUGCGAAGUUUAAAUUAGUGUACAUUACAAAUACAAGCAAAAAUCUCACUAUGCCCUACCACACUGCAUAAUAAUGGAGAGAAAGCUAAAGGAACGAUUGUUACAAGCAACCCAGCAUGGAGACAUCAAAAUUGUACAGAAAGCUGUUGAUGAGUGUAAGGGAAUUAGCACAAGCUGGGCAGACAGUCAAUUGAACAAAUCAUGUGAUACUGUUGUACACUUGGCAGUUCGUCAUGGUCAUGUAAAUGUUUUCCAGUAUCUCUGUAAUAGCUCAUGCAACCUCGAAAAACAGAACACGAACGGCAAACGGCCGAUCCACGAAGCUGCUCACUUUGGCCAAACAGAAUGUCUUAGACUAUUGCUUGAGAAUGGAGUGCAAGUUGACAGUUUGAAGAGAGCAGACUGGACCCCAUUAAUGCUGGCUUGCACAAAGAAAAACAAAGAUAUCAUAACAUUGCUGCUCGAGCAUGGGGCUAACCCUGGCCUGAAGAAUAAAGAUGGAUGGAAUAGUUUCCAUAUUGCAUGCAGGGAAGGUCAUAUGGACAUUAUAUCUUCUCUGCUAAACUGGAAGAAAGAUUUAUGGGAUACGAAAAGUAACAAUAGACGAACACCCUUACACACUGCAGCUUUGCACGGUCACAGGGAAGUAGUGGAGUUCUUAGUAAGUCACUGUGACUACCCCAGUGACGUUACAGAUAGUUGUGGCACGACUCCUUUCAUGGAUGCUGUCAGGACAGGGGAUAUCCCUGUGGCAGAUUUACUACUCCGAAAACAUCAGGCAAAUCCAGCAAAGGGAGACAACUCUGGUUACCAGGCCAUUCAUAUAGCAGCUCAGACUGGUCAUUCAGAAACUGUUCAGUUUCUGAUUACAAAAUGUAAUGUCAGUAUCAACUCCUCCACACAUAAUGGGAUAACACCUCUACAUAUCGCAGCAAAGGAAGGACAGGUCGAGGUGAUAAAAACUCUUGUUGAAAAUGGGGCAUGUUUGAAUGCAGUUGACAGCAAAGGAAGGACAGCUCUUCACAUUGCCUGUGGGGCCUGUCACCCAGCUGCUGCAAGAACUCUCCUCCAGAGUGGUGCUGAUCCUCAGGUUAAAGAUCAAAGCAACAGAACACCCUUUGAAAUGACAUCAUCUAUGGACAUACUACACCUGUCAACUGUUAAUUGACUCACAAGUCGAGUCUUACACUCCUGUGGCUAAAUAUCUGUGUUUACAUGGGAUACUUUAAAAAUAUAUCAUUGUGAUACUACAGUAAUUCGCAGCAUGAAGCUAUGACUAAAUAUAUUUAUAUUUAAGAGAAAAAAAAGUUUUAGUAUUUACCUUCAAGGUGUGGUUUUUGGUCCUGAAGACCAUUUGCUCAAAGCUCAAAGGACUAUCAUACCACAUUUAGGUGUAGACAUGUACAUGUACAUAAUGUAAAUAACUUAAUAUGAGAUACUGGAAAAAUGUGAUAUUUUGUGACCUUUCAUGUAUCAUUACAUUACAUCACAAAAUUUAUGACAGUGCCUCUU